AUGGAGAUAGUGGAGUCACUGGAGGAGGGGUUGGUCUUUGGACACGUUCAGGAGUCUGUUAGCACGAAGGAGAUGAAGGCCAGCAGUGACAUCCUGGAAGAUGGGGAACGCUGCGGCCCGGAGCAGUACAGGGCCUAUGCGGACUUUGAGAACUUGAUGAAGGCUCAUCUGGAGUGGGUGGAAAAUGUAGCCAAGUCAGUGAUGCUGGGACUGUUCAUGACCAGCUUACAGUUCAGCACCUCAGUGAGCACCCCUGAGCUCCCUUUGGAAGGCAGCUUGGACUUCCGAGUGGAGUCCCCUGGUAUCACCUUAGCUGUGCUGGUGCUAGUAGGAGUGGGCACAGGCCACCAGAGGGAGACUGUGAGGCCAUUGGAGGAGCAGGGGCAGGGGAAGAGGAGCGUGAAACAGGAGGCAGGCAGUUUCUUCAUCUAUGAAAUGGGAGUGCUGGACAUGGCCAUAGAGCGCCACUCACAGAAGAACUGGACCCCCACCCCCGCCCCAGCCCCUACCCCCACCCCAUCCUGGUCCCGAGUCCGCGUCCCGUGGCAGGUCGGACAGCGCACGCCCAUCACCGGCCAAAGACGCCUAGUCCUGGAGGGAGGACCCCGCCGCUCGGCUCAGCCCCCUCCGGGCUCCACCCCGGGCCUCGACAGGGCGGGACGGCGGGACGGCGGGCUCGGCCCCCAUGGCGCUGCGCUGGCCCCCAGAGCGCUCCACACGUGCCACUGCCAAUGGGUCAACUACCUUCGUACCUGCCAGCGAUGCUGCUCUUGCUGUCGCUGCUGCCGGACCUCGGACCCGGACCUGGCGCGGCCUCUGACCUUUGCUUUCCUCCCAGCCUCCAGGAAGUCUCAUGUACACCGGCGUGGGCUCCUGGAGCUGGCGGGAACCCUGCAGUGUGCCAGCACCCUCUCCGCCCUGGCCUACAUCAGCUACGGUUGCCACUGUGGCCUGGGUGGCCGUGGUCAGCCCCGGGAUCCCACAGACUGGUGCUGCCAUCACCAUGACUGUUGCUAUGAAGUUGUAGAGCGGGCCGGCUGCAAGCCCAAGCUGGACCACUACUCCUGGACGUGCAUCAGCAAUCGUGUGGUAUGCGGACCCACGGAGAACAAGUGCCAGGAACUCAUGUGCAAGUGUGACCAGGAGGUUGCUCAUUGCUUAGCCCAAGCCGAGUACAACCUGAAGCACCUCUUCUACCCCUAUUUCUUAUGUGAGCAAGACUCGCCCAAGUGUAAUUGA